UUCACCUUUGCCCUUUCGAUUAACAGGAAGUCAACAAAGAAGAAAGAUGGCUGACUGGAACAGAGGACAUGGUACAGUGGAUGACAUAUUGGAUGCGGAAAACAAACGUUUGGCCGAAAAUCUGUCCAGUAAAGUCUCCAGAUUAAAAUCGUUGGCACUUGACAUAGACCAAGAUGCAGAGGACCAAAAUUCCUAUCUUGACAGCAUGGACUCCAACUUUAUGAGUGCCACAGGUCUAUUGACGGGGAGUGUAAAAAGGUUUUCCUCCAUGGCACGGUCUGGCAGGGACAACCGGAAGCUGCUGUGCUAUGUUUCAAUUGGACUGGUCUUAAUUUUCUUUCUGCUUUACUACCUUGUCACCAGGGUGCAGAGUUAGGU